AUGAACAGCAGAAAUACAUCCCAGGACUUUGCAGUUAAGAAAGAAUUCAUUGAUUUGCAGCUUGAGUUGAGGAGAUUCAUGGAUGAAUCAGCAUUCUUUGCUCUUCAGGACAUUCUUAGAGACCCAUGUGUCGUCUAUGGCUUGGAUGACUAUGUAAACGCGUACAAAGAGACCGAAGACAUCAAAAAAAUCCAAAAAGUGCUUAAAAAGCUGCUCAAAUACAAGAAAAAGAACGUGAAUCUGCUUCCGACACUUUGUUCAUUGCAGGAAGGCCAUCAGCCCAAAGAAACAGUCACAAACGAAAAGAAAGAAGACGUUUCUACAGAAAAGCCAUCCUUCAAAAACGUAUUUACUUUUACUGGCGGAUUUUUUUCACUAAAGCCAGUGCAAAUCGAACAAGACCUGACAAAGGAGAAAAUGUUGCAACUUUUCAAAAAUCAAUUCAAAAGAAUAGAGCCUAUGAAGAAGAUUCAGAUUCCAAAGGUAGUCGUAAGUAGAACCUUUUCGGUUUCCACAUCGCACUCGCAACUUUUCAAGAAAAUCGAAAAAGGCGCAGAGUUGUCUGCAAGUACUUCACAGAGAAAUCCAAAUGAGAUUACUGGCAAUUCUGCGUUUAGAAAUGGAGUUAUGAGAAAUGCGUCUACGAUAACUAGAUUUCCCAAAGCCACAAAUACAUCCGGUGUAAAUGCGUCUGUGCCAUCGGCGUCACAGAAUAGUGUUGUAAGGGCAACAAGAUCGCCAUAUUCAAACAACUGUAACCCAAAUCCGCAUGAAGCAUUAGUUUCAUCGCCAAAAAAUAAACGUGAAAAAAAGAAUCCUGAUGAUUCAAAAGCUUGA